UUCUUUUUAGGUCGGCAACAUUCUUACAUUUAUUUUUUUAACGUUAAGUGUGUAGCAUGCGGCAAGCAAGUUAAAAUGCCAAAAGAGAACAUCGUUGGACCCAUGUAUCAUCGUGGCAAGUUUAAGUCUUAAGAGCAAGGCCAAGGGCGAUUCUGUGGAAGUGCAAGGAGUUCCAUUUUUUUUCCUCUGUUUCUAAAAAUGGGAAGCUUGAGUACGAUUUUGAGACACCCGGAUGAGUUAUAUCCGCUCUUGAAGUUGAAACUUGCGAUUACGAAAGCUCAGAAGCAGAUCCCACUUGAGCCACACUUAGCUUUCUGUUAUUCAAUGCUCCACAAAGUUUCUAAAAGCUUUUCUCUUGUUAUUCAACAACUUGGCACCGAGCUUCGUAACGCAGUGUGUGUGUUCUACUUGAUUCUCCGAGCUCUUGAUACUGUUGAGGAUGACACAAGCAUUCCAAUGGAAACCAAAGUUCCAAUUCUGAUAGCUUUCCACCGUCACUUAUACGAUGGUGGCUGGCAUUUCUCAUGUGGUACAAAAGAUUACAAAGUUCUAAUGGACCAAUUUCACCAUGUUUCUGCAGCUUUUCUGGAACUUGAAAAAGGGUAUCAAGAGGCUAUUGAAGAUAUAACUAAAAGAAUGGGUGCAGGAAUGGCCAAGUUCAUUUGCAAGGAGGUAGAAACAAUUGAUGACUAUGAUGAAUACUGCCAUUAUGCUGCAGGACUUGUGGGUUUAGGCUUGUCAAAAAUCUUCAUCGCUUCGGAAUUGGAAAUACUGACUCCAGAUUGGAAGCAGAUUUCAAAUUCUACAGGUUUAUUUCUCCAGAAAACAAACAUUAUCAAAGAUUAUCUUGAAGACAUUAAUGAGAUACCAAAAUCGCGUAUGUUUUGGCCUCGUGAGAUUUGGGGGAAAUAUGUUGACAAGCUCGAGGACUUAAAAAAUGAGGAGAAAUCAACACAAGCAGUGCAGUGUCUAAAUGAAAUGGUCACUAAUGCGUUGACUCAUGUUGAAGAUUGUUUGAAAUCAUUGGCUUCAUUGCGUGAUCCUGCAAUAUUUCAGUCUUGUGCCAUCCCUCAGAUCGUGGCGAUUGGAACACUUACAUUAUGCUAUAACAAUGUACAAGUAUUUAGAGGCGCCGUGAGACUGAGACGAGGUCUAAUAGCUAAAGUAAUUGAUCUCACAAAGACUAUGGAUGAUGUCUAUGGUGCGUUCUAUGAUUUUUCUUGCAUGCUACAAACAAAGGUUGACAAGAACGAUCCAAAUGCCAUGAAAACAUUAAACCGACUCGAAACCAUCAAGAAAGUUUGCAAAGAAAAUGGAGUCAUUCACAAAAGAAAAUCUUAUGUUAACGAUGAAACACAGUCCAAGGCUAUCUUUGUUGUAAUGUUUGUGCUUCUACUGGCCAUAGUCGUUGUAUAUAUAUCUCGAAGCAAACCAACGUAAAUGACUCUGAUUGUGUGACUUCAUGAUCUUGGAGUCAUCAUAAACAUAAUUUCUAGCUUCUUUGAAUGUUUGAUCAAAUCUUGAAUUGAUUGUCUAUUCAAGAUUGUUUCCUUACUAAACUUCUGCUAUUUUUCUCCCUUGUCUUUGUUUUUGAUUUCAAAAUUGUCUACGAUUUCAAUUGUCAAAUUUUCUGUUUUUUUUC